AUGAUAAAAGCAGCGGCUGUGUACCGGGAGCAGCGACUGUGUACCGGGGGCAGCGGCUGUGUACCGGGGGCAGGGUUGUGUACCGGGGGCAGCGGCUGUGUACCGGGAGCAGCGGCUGUGUACCGGGGGCAGCGGCUGUGUACCGGGGGCAGCGGCUGUGUACCGGGAGCAGCGGCUGUGUACCGGGAGCAGCGGCUGUGUACCGGGAGCAGCGGCUGUGUACCGGGGGCAGCGGCUGUGUACCGGGGGCAGCGGCUGUGUACCGGGAGCAGCGGCUGUGUACCGGGGGCAGCGGCUGUGUACCGGGAGCAGCGGCUGUGUACCGGGGGCAGCGACUGUGUAGCGGCAGCGACUGUGUGCCGGGAGCAGCGGCUGUGUGCCGGGAGCAGCGGCUGUGUACCGGGAGCAGCGGCUGUGUACCGGGAGCAGCGGCUGUGUACCGGGGGCAGCGGCUGUGUACCGGGGGCAGCGGCUGUGUACCGGGAGCAGCGGCUGUGUACCGGGGGCAGCGACUGUGUACCGGGAGCAGCGGCUGUGUACCGGGGGCAGCGGCUGUGUACCGGGGGCAGCGACUGUGUACCGGGGGCAGCGACUGUGUACCGGGAGCAGCGGCUGUGUACCGGGGGCAGCGGCUGUGUACCGGGGGCAGUGGCUGUGUACCGGGGGCAGCGACUGUGUACCGGGAGCAGCGACUGUGUACCGGGGGCAGCGACUGUGUACCGGGGGCAGCGGCUGUGUACCGGGGGCAGCGGCUGUGUACCGGGGCAGCGACUGUGUACCGGGGGCAGCGGCUGUGUACCGGGAGCAGCGGCUGUGUACCGGGGGCAGCGGCUGUGUACCGGGGCAGCGGCUGUGUACCGGGGGCAGCGGCUGUGUACCGGGAGCAGCGGCUGUGUACCGGCGGCAGCGGCUGUGUACCGGGGGCAGCGACUGUGUACCGGGAGCAGCGGCUGUGUACCGGGGGCAGCGGCUGUGUACCGGGAGCAGCGACUGUGUACCGGGAGCAGCGACUAA